UCACAAACCAUUGGAUCUCAGCUUCGAUCAGAAUCUCAAAUCUAAUCAACUCUUAAUUCCAGAAUGAAGGUAUUUGUCUGCGUGUUGGCUUCUCUGGCUUUGGCCAGUGCUGGUGGCUUCCGCGGUGGUGCUGGCGGCGGAGCAGGCGGUGGCUAUCUGCCCGGUGGAGGACACGGAGGUGGCUUUGGUGGCCGCCCGGCCAUUGGAGCUGGUCUGGUGUCCCACGUUUCCCAGUCGCAGGGCAAUACUAAGGUCCAUAUUGGCGGUGGUGCAGGAGCUGCCUACGGUGGUGGUGCAGGUGCUGGCUAUGGCGGUGGAGCAGGAGCUUCCUAUGGCGGUGGACGAGGUGCUGGAGGCUGGCAAGGAGCUGGAGCUGGCCGCGGUGGUGCCGGAGGAUGGCAGGGUGGUGCCGGAGGAGCAGGAGGCUGGCAGGGAGGAGCCGGCGGAGCAGGAGGCUGGCAGGGAGGAGCUGGGGCCAACGCCUGGGGCAAUCCCGCCCAGUUCGACUACACCGUCAACCACGCUUCCAGCGCCGGUGGUGCAGGUGGCGCCUACGGCGGUGGCUCCCGCGGCGGAGCUGGCUGGUGGAACGAUUAA